AUGCGUGCGCGGAGAUUCGUGGCGGCGUUGCCGCCUCACGUGCAGCGUUGUACUCGUCUCCAGCACCGCCUCUACACGCCCAUCUGGCAGCCAGAUCCGGCGGUGGAUCACGUUGCGCCGCUUCGUGAGAGCGACGAGACCCGAACUCUGUGGUCCCCUUCUGUACCGAUUGCGGAUGUGAGCGAUGCCGUUGCGGCGUGGAUACGCUUUGGCAACGAUCCGGUGCUGCACACCGCACUUCCCAUCAUUCAUGCUGGUAGACGUGUGCCGACGACGACGACGACAACAAUGGCAGCAGAUGGCUCUUCUUCGCCUCUGUCAUUGCCACGCUCAACCUCGCCGUUCGCGGUUGUGGAGGAUUACAUGGGAACAAACAUGGUCUUUGGUUCCCCAGAGCACGUCAAGGAUAGUGCGGCGGUGUGGGCAUCGUACUUUGAACGGCGUUAUCUGGGCCAACUCCGACACUCCCGCCGCACGGCCGCCAAUCACGUUGGUUUGGUCAAUGCACCAGAGGUGUUCACUGACGAGGCCGACCGCCCUGACACAAAGUGGUCGCAGGAUACCGUGUUUCGCGAGCGCGCCUACAUGGCGGAGAGGUUUUUAAAAGAAAAGGUGUCAAACCUGCGGCAGUUUGAGCGGGCCUUAAAACAGGCGCAUCCGGUGGAGUAUCUUGCCUUCCACGAUGCCCUGCAGCAGCAGACCCUCUCUCUUAUUCCAUUGCCGUCCCCAAGUGUUUGGCACUACGAGGGCUCACGCCGCACGCAGUGGGCCGAGCGGUUUGUUCCACUCUCGCAUGCAGCACAGCAGUUCUUCGCGGACGUCCUCGCUCCGGACGUGAAGAAGGUGGGGAAUACGCCUGAAAAAGUGCUUCAGCGAGUUGCGGCGGUGUUUGCAGAGGUUGGCAAAGUGCUUCUGCAGCGACAUCGGCGUUGUCUCAAUGGCCGUGGAUGGUCCGCGCUCGCCCCACACGAAAAGGAUGAGUUCUGCAUGAGGGAAGUUGUGCGAUGGGCGCAGCAGGUGGAGCUCGGUGAGUUUGACCCACCGCUUGACGGCGAAGGCGACACCGCUCCAGCCGAGUGGAAAAGUGAACACGAUGCCAUCAUGCAGCUCAUGACAGCCACGCUUGACGGGCUCAGCUUUUCCGCACUGGACUUCUGGACGCACACAAUCCGCUGUGAAGAGGUGGAAACCGAGCACAUUCAUACGGAGAAGCGCGUGCGCGCCAUCAGCGCCGCCGCACGAAAGGCCCUGUAUGACGCCACCCCCUACGAGGCGGUUUUGCAAGGCGUUGUGGAUGCCGUGGCGCGGGGGCAGUUGGAUAUGGCCGCGGCUGGGUUUAAGCCGCACAUUAACGACAUUUGGUGCCAGUUGCAUUACGCCAAAUUCGGGGCUGCAACGGUGACGCAGCACACGACAACGGCAUCUCGGCAGCUCCAUUUUUUUCAUGCAGGAUCGCUGAAGGAGGUUGCGGCCACCGCGACGCUUUACUACGCAACGAAGCCGCUUAGUAGCUCUUUAGACUACGCAUCGCCGUACAAGUUCCGCCGCUCGCUCGUCGGUUUGUUUUCCACCUACGGGGUGGAAAUGGCCUACGCGAUACAGCGACCGCUGCUGCUUAGCGCUGCAAAUCUUGCGAAGGCGGAGGAUUUAAUGCGGAGUGUCGUGACAAAUGCGGCACGUCCUUUUGGUGAACGUCGGCGUGCCAAAAUAGAGCAACUACGUGCCAACCACAGGCGUCUCACGACGCCUGUAAAGGGAGUCGUGGUUUCUGCCGUGGCAUCGGAGCUCCUUGAGACCGGCGCAGACUUGGCUGAGGCGGCGAGGGCGAAGGAGUCGCACGAAGCCGUAACGAUGUGGCCACUUGGUGCACGGCGUGUUGUCUCAUACGACUGGCCGACACCGCACCUGGACGCACUCAAGCGAAAAACUGCCGCAGCGGGGUCUGCAAUGACGGCACAGUGUGUGAAGGAAAUCCAAGAAAUUAAACGUCACGCGUUCGUGGAGGUGUCCCUCUGGCGGCGUGUGACAGUGGAGGAGGCGAAGCACCAACGUGACGCGGUCGGGGAGGAGACGCUGCGGGUUGAGGAAAUGGUGCGGUCGGUUCCGGCGCUGGCACAGGUGCAGCAGUAUGCCACCGCGCUCUACCAACGUAUUGAAGACGCCGUACCGGCUCCUGCUGUCACUGACGCGCAAGCCAACAAGGAGAAGGAAGAAGCUGCGUCCGCCUGGGAGUUUGUGGUCAUGCUGGACGACCGUGCCGUAAUCAACGUGAAUCAGACGACUGAGUUGUAUCUUCCACACACAGACGCCAAGGGCGUGCCCUUCCCUCAGGGUGAGUACCGUGUGCGUGUGCGUGGAUUUGACGUGGAAAUGAAUCCCACACUGCAUCCGGCACUUUGCAGUGAGGCGUUUUCAAAGCCGUUUUGCGUGUUUGACGCCAUUCCCCAACUUGUGCAGCAGUUCUUUGAGACGGCGAAGCCGUCUACGUCUGAGGUUCCAGAUAUUUCAUCAUCUAACUUUGUUGCAUUUUGUGCGUUUUUGCGCGAGGCAGGACUGGACGUUCCGAUGAGAUGUGAGUUCGAGGCGGGCCAGGUCCUGAACGCGGAGGGCGAUGUUUUUAUGGAAUACUUUUUGGAACUGCUUCGCGGCGACCGGUUCCAUCAGAGCUGCGCAGAGGCUGGACUGACGGAGGUGCAGCGGGCGAUUGAGCCCUCGUGCCGCGCCCAUUGGGAGUUGCACCAUCCGGGUGCAAAUGAGGAGGAGUGGGCUGAGGCGCGCCGCCAAGUGCUCGAUCGGGCGAUGGCGAAGGAAAGGGAGUGGUGGUUUCCAAAUGAGAUGUUGGACGUGACGAGUAUUUCAGCGGGAGGUACGCAUAGUCUGACGCCCGAAAUGUAUCCAGCAGCUGUGCGGUACGGAAGAGAACUUUGUUCCGUGCUUGCGGCAGAGGGCCAAUUCGAUAACAACCAGGGACUCGCCGCGACAUGCGUGGUGAAUGGCACUGGGGCGGCAGAGUCAAUCACGUUUAGUACUGGCGAUCACAGCUCUGCUACAACUUCCAUCGAGGAAGCACUCUCUGUGGCUAAAGGGGCUCUGCGUAGCGCACACGACCGCCACAAUACACUCACCGCCUUUCGUCUGGGUCCGCUGUCGAAGCAGGCCCAGGUGCUGCUGUUUUGCGGCGUGAAUGGCAUGGAGUUCGGCGGCAAGUACGCUCGCACGUACGUCUACGCCUUUGAGAAGGCCAAAAAGGAGCUCGCAGCGACGUUUGUGUCGGGUCGUGAGGUGCCCGGCGUGGACGAAGCCGACGUGGAGCGCGUCUCGGAGAAGGAAGGGGUCGAUCGCUUUGCCUCCUCGACGCAUCCAGAGCAGCGAAAGACGCAGUUUGUGCCGCGCACGGGUCCUGGGGGGUCCCCCCUCGAAGACCCCGUGGCAGAUCAGAAGUCCCAGUGGGGAAGAUGA